CUUUUACAUACGGUUAUUCGAUAAUUACCAAGGCCGUUCAGGUUACUCAAAUAAGGGAGAACGCAAUAGUACAUGAUACAGACCGCGCCUUGCGCCUAAUGGUGGCAAAUACGAGGUUGCGCCAAUUGCAAGCAAUGGAUUUGAUUCGCGAUGGAACUCGUGCUGAAACAAAAAAAGUUCAAACAUGUAGUGUCACAACCUGCAAUAUUAUUACAGAUGCCAAACACCGAGCGCUGAAUGCCAACUACCAAACACUGACCACCAAACACCAUCCAAAAAGGGUACCAGAAUUGAAUAAAGUGUACAACAAAAACUUUUAGCAUUGACUGGUGACUGUUGACGCCAGAAAAACAUGGCAAUAGC